AUGCUGGGCGAGGAGUCCGACAGUGCCAAUUACUGGAAGAAAUGUGGAGAUGAAGCACUGGCACGCAACAUCAAGGGCGUUGUGAUCAUGGUAGCGUUUACGGAGACUUACUACUGGCAGGGUGCCCACUGGGACUGUAUGGGGGACCGAAUUGAGCUGUCAACAAAUCCUAGCCCUGGGAAAAGCCCUGUUGCAUAUGUGAAUCCCGACAAAUACGUCAGUUACAAGCUCAACCCUGAUCUACAGACCACCGAGCGCUGUAUUGAGAUGCUUGCCCGCGAGGGCUUCAACGUCGGCGGCAAUCCAACUUUCGAAUGGAUUCAUGACGUUUAUCUCAUUCUCAUCCGCAUGUUCCCCAGUGGCUGCCCACCGACCACAUUGGUAUCGGCCAAUGCUCGCUAUGACCCUCAUUUCCAUAUGAAAAUCGGCGCCACGCUAAGACCACUGCGCCGGGAGAACUACCUUAUUAUUGGCACUGGAGGUGCAGUUCACAAUCUAUAUCGGAAUCGCUGGGCACCGAUGCUUCGAUACCGGGACAACUUUGCGCUGGAAACACCCCCAGAAGACUGGGCCAUGGAGUUCCGACAGGCAGUCGAGGAUGUCAUCACUAAGACCUCAGGGCCGCAGUUGCGCCGUGCGAUGACACGACUGAUGAAGCACCCGCGCUUUCGAGAUGCGCAUGCCACAGACGACCAUUUCAUGGCAGCUUUGUUUGUUGCGGGCGCCGCAGGAGACCCGGAGGACCAGAAUACCCCGGCAAUUAUGGGCGCAGAGGACUGGGAGCUGACCAAUAUGUGCAACUCGCAGUUUACACUUGGCCGAUGGCCGAAGGAAAUUGCUUUCUGA